UAAAACUUAGCGUGUAUUUGUGAGAAUUUGAAUCUGCAAUGAUUGAACCCAGCGAGAGAUGCCGACGAGCCGGUGGCUGGUCGCAGAUCAAAGAAUCAGUUGACUCGAGUCUUGACCCUCCUGAAUCCUUCCGACCUUCUCUUUUUUUCUUUGCCGCGCAGGCGCCUGCCUCCUGGUUUGUGUUUGUGGAUGGCGGUCUGCAACGCCGUUGCUGAUUCAGUCUUCGAUUCCAUCAGCCGUGGUGGUUCAGAAGUGUCGGACGAUCAACUGUCGAUAGUUUCAGAUUACAUUUUCUAUACGGGAAAAAUUUGGAGCGGGCCCUCAGAAUCGUCGACUUAGGCGGUGUCAAGCGCAUUGCUGGCGAACCCAGUGGCCGAGCGCUCUUUCUGGUGGUGGGAGAAUCAAGAAGGAAGGAAGAGUACAUCUGCUUCCCCGCCCACCACUGCACCUGCUACUCUUUCUUCUACGACGUUGUCAACAAGGCCGAGCAACUCUGUGUACGGCUGCUAGUCCCUGCCCAGUCUCCCCUUGUAAGCAUCAGUUGGCUGCACGGCUCGCGGAGGUGGUGCAGGCUUACACGGAAGUGAGGGUGCCCGACGAGGAGCUGGCUAUCAUCCUCUCGAGGCUCUGACGCUUAUCUGUGGUGUAAUUUUUGUUCAAUCUCAAGAGGCAGGAAAAGAAGUGGUAAAAGAGGCAAGAUGCGAUUGAAGAAGCACAAGCGAAACCGGAAGGUGGUGCGAUUCUACUCAACUUGCUAUGGCUUUAGGGAGCCAUUCAAGGUGCUAUGCGAUGGCACCUUCCUUCAUCACCUUGUGCUUAACAAGCUCGGUUCUCCCCAGGAAGUACUCUCAUCGCUUCUCUCUGCUCGGGCUAUGCUCUUUACCACAAGGUGUAUUAUUUCAGAGCUUAAGCGGCUUGGGGAAUCCUUUUCUGAAUCACUGAAGAGCGCCCUUGGCCUCACAAUAACCAAAUGUGAGCAUCCUAAUAGAGUAUCUGCUUCCAACUGCAUUGAAGCAAUUGUAAAGGACAAUAAUUCAGAUCACUUCUUUGUUGCAAGCCAAGAUGCAGAUCUCCGAAAGACAUUUCGGGAGAUACCAGGUGUUCCUGCAAUAUAUGCAAUUAGAAAUUCUUUAUUCCUUGAUCAACCAUCAGCUUGUCACCUGCAAUUUGUGAGAAUGGCUGAAGAGGAGCGCCUACACAUGAAGGAAUUGGAACUAGAGACGAUAAAGAAAAGGGAAAAGAGGAGUCCUUCUGACCAAGAUUUAGGAGAUGGUACUGAAAAUUUAGGAGAUGCUGCAAAAGGAAGGGAUGUGCGCAGCACGCGUACAAGUUGGGCAUUUAAUAAAAAAGAUAAAUCUAAGUUCAAAAGGAAAAGGGCAAAGGGGCCAAAUCCAUUAUCAUGCAAAAAGAAGAAGAAUUCUAAAGAUCCUGCUGCUGCUUGAUCAACUGGUGCAUUGGUUGCUAUAACUCAGAAAUGGACGAAAGUCGAUAUUGCGGAAGCAGCCUCACAUCAUGCUUAUUAUGGUGUCAAGAGUAUUAGCCAACAGAGUAGGAUUUUCACUACUUUCAUAUUUGUUAAAAAAAAAAAGCUUGGAAAACGAAGUUAUUAAUUAGUUUUUGUAAUUUAGUCCGUGAGAGAAAAUAGUAAUGUGCUUCUCAAUCU